CUCCCACUCUAUCUCUCGGUGUUUUAUGUCUGCGUCACAACAAGUCGGUCGAGAAAGAGGCAGGGAUGAUGGCGUCUCUCGCGGGUUGAUUCUCGUGCUGCUCUGACAAACACGCCUAAUAGCAUCAAUAGGUGGAGAAACGAGAGCAAAGGCAAGGGAACAUGACGAAACGACGUCGCGGAGGACAGACAGACCGAGGGAAAGACGGACGUACCGACGGUGUCUCACUGACGACUUGACUGACAUACGCGCUUGGCACAGACACAUACAUGCACAUCCACUUUGGCACACACGUAGGCUUCACAUCCAACCGGCCAGUAAUUGAGACGAGAGGAAAACAGAAGAGAUAAAAUAUUUCAUGUCAAGCCGGCACAGGAAUCGCUGUGACCCCAACGGAGAGGAGUUCGACUUGACAGGAUGGGGGGAGUAAGUGAAGGGGAUGAUGUGUUAGCUCGAUGGAGUGAUGGACUACUGUACCUCGGUAAUGUGAAAAGAGUAGAUGGAGUCAAGCAGUGUUGUCUGGUGAGAUUUGAGGACAACUCGGAAUUCUGGGUCCUAAGAAAAGACAUUCACUCUUUCUCAGUUGGAGUGGAAGAGGUUUGCUGUGUCUGUGAUGCCCCGCCUCUUAAAGAACCUCUCAUCAAUUGUCUUAAAUGUCGUCACGGUUAUCAUCCUGAGUGCCACACUCCGUCCAUUGAGCCGGAAGCUGACAGCAAUUCUUGGAUAUGUCGGCAAUGUGUCUUUGCAGUGGCAACCAAGAGAGGGGGAGCCAUCAAACGAGGACGGUUUGCCCGGCUCAUGCAAAUCAUGAAACUUCGGCUGCCCUAUCAGCUGUCAUCUUUAGACUGGGACCCACAGCAUCUGACCAACCAGCAGCAGUGUUACUGCUACUGUGCCGGACCUGGAGAGUGGAACCUGAAAAUGUUGCAGUGUGGAAGUUGUGGUCAGUGGUUUCAUGAAGCUUGCACACAGUGUCUGACCAAGCCGUUGUUAUAUGGAGACAGGUUUUAUGAGUUCCAGUGCUCAGUCUGUGCAAGCGGACCAGAGACAAUUCAACGGCUACCCAUGAGCUGGGUAGAUUUGGCCCAUUUGGUGCUCUACCACCUCUCCUUGUGCUGCAAGAGAAAAUACUUUGAUUUCGACCAUGAAAUCAUGUCGUUUGCCAAUGAGAAUUGGGACUCUUUGCUUCUCGGCUCGCUCUCUGACACACCAAGGCAAGAUCGCUGCCACAAUCUGCUCAACGCUUUGAACUCCAACAAAGACAGGUUUGUCUCUGGUAAAGAGAUCAAGAAGAAGAAGUGUCUUUUUGGGCUCCAGGUCCGAGCUCCGCCUCCCCUGACCUCUGAUUCGUCUCCCCUCAUCACUGACCCGCCCAUCAACAUCACCCAAAGGAGAAGCCCAUUGUCACUGCCCUGCCAGAGGAGAGCGGUGGGGCCAGAGUCACGCAAAUCAAAGCGGCGCAUCAUGGAGACACAGCCUUGUCCGCCCCCGGUCCCAGCCACCCCAAUAGAUCUUGUGCCAUGUUGCCAUGGCUACGUAGGUGGAACUAACCUCUACAACUCCAGGAAGUCGGAGGAGGAGCUGAAUUUGGGCUCUCCACCUAAGCGGAUGUUUGCCCUGUAUCACCCCACCUAUAACGGCGCCCCAGCCAUCUCCAGAACCCUGCAUCACUAUAGUGCGGAAGAUCCUUGUCGAGUGCCGCCCCCCUGCCUCCCCUUCUCCCUGUCAUCCUCCCACCAUCACCACCACCACCAUCACAACCACCACCACCACCAGCAGCAGCACCACCAGCACCAGCCUGGCCAGAAGUUGGAUCCCUGCCCCUCCCUCCUGCUGCGUGACGUCCCUUCCUAUCCGGGCAGCGUGGGGGGAGGGGGCGGGGGGGAUGGGUCAGCUGUCAGGGGCUGGGGGGGUGGGGACGGGGUGAGGAUUUUGGCGAGGCGAGUAACGCCAGACGGGAAGGUCCAGUACCUCGUGGAGUGGGGGAACGUGAGUGUGUACUGA